AAGGGGCAACAGGCUGUCAACAGUGGCAGUAGUUGGGGGCUCCCAUCUAUUAAAAAGCCACAGAAAGUCUUUUCAUACUGCCUGAGGAAUUAAUCCCUUACUUAACGUUCAUAAUUGCUGGAUCGAUUUAACAGGACUGGAGUUAACAUUUGCUUGGAUUUGGCACCAUUGAUAGGGAACUGCCUGCUGCGUCCUCCGCUUUGAAGUCACCCUGGUCUUUGGGCCUCCAGACCUUCUUCAGCAUGUCCAACCCAUCUAAGAGGUGUAUGAUACUGGCGUUCCACUGGGUUAGGAAGAAGCCCCUGACAGAGAAGCCGUGCUCUACCAUCUCGGACAGACCUUCUGCCUCUGCACCGGCUUGCAACACUCCUCACAUUUCACCCUGCUUCACGAGGAGCAAGACACAACCCGCUCCGCUCAGGAGGUCCAGCAGGCGCAAGGUGCUGCGAUUGCCGAAUCUCACCAACCCCAAGUUUUUAAGAUCUGUCAUUGGCAGCGUUGGCCGGAAGAGAGCCCGCAGGCGUGGCAAGCAAAAGAAGACUCCAGCGGGAACAGGAAAAGGGGUGAGGGCUAGGCUAGAGGCAAGAAGGCUCCAAAGCUAUUUGCGGGGUGGGAUUGCUUUGGAAGAUGCCUUCUCACAAUCUCUACCCUUGAACCACGGAAGGACAUAAGAAGUGCCUGCCGGAUGAGGCCACAUUGGCCUGUCUAGUCCAGCAUCCUGUUCUCACAGAGGCCUGUGGAAACAAGAGCAUUCUGUAUUCCCUUCCUGCAUCUUCCAGCAACUACUGUUCACAAACGUUACUGCCACUGACUGUGGAGGUAGAGCAUAGCCAUCGUGCCUAUUGGCCAUUGAUAGCCUUUCCUGCAUCCAAGUUGGUGGCCGUCACAGCUUUAUGUGGGAUUGAGCUACCAGAGGGGUAGCUGAGCAUGUCUGCUGCAGGAAAAACAGGCAUUAAAAGCACAUUUCUCCCAAAGAAUCCUGGGAAUUGCAGUUUGUAAAGGGUGCUACAAAUUGUAGGUAUGCAGUUGAAGGGUAAUCUACAGUUCCCAGGAUUCUUACAGGGGAGAAGCGAUAAUGCUUUUAAUGUACGGUGUGUAAAGUAAAGGUAAAGGGACCCCUGACCAUUAGGUCCAGUCGUGACCGACUCUGGGGUUGCGGCGCUCAUCUGGCUUUAUUGGCUGAGGGAGCCGGCAUACAGCUUCCGGGUCAUGUGGCCAGCAUGACUAAGCCGUUUCUGGCAAACCAGAGCAGCACACUGAAACGCCGUUUACCUUCCCGCUGGAGUGGUACCUAUUUAUCUACUUGCACUUUGUGCUUUCAAACUGCUAGGUGGGCAGGAGCAGGGACCAAGCAACGGGAGCUCACCCCGUUGCGGGGAUUCGAACCGCCAACCAUCUGAUUGGCAAGUCCUAGGCUCUGUGGUUUAACCCACAGUGCCACCCACAGCCUCAAAUUAGCUCCACCAGCUCUGUAAUACUAGAGCAAAGAUUAUAAUGCAUAUUGUUGUUGUUGUACUUUUAUAAAUAUUAUAAAACCCUGCAAGCCAUGUAGUCUGGAAUAAACUCAGUCACCCCUCCCAUCAUUAAUUGUUUCUACUAGGUGGGGAGGGGUGUUGGAUCUGCUUCCCUGCCUUGAAGAAAGGCGCAGGUCAGAUGUGUGCCCAGACCUGGCCACGCUUCGCAAGAGAGGUGUAUUGGUUCAAGGUGGCCACGCUGCCUGCAACUUGCACUCCUUCCUGACGUGUCUUCCCCAAACCCCUUCUUCCAGAGGCUGUGUUGAAGUGUUCCAUCACGUGGAACAACAUAGCUGGAGCAAAUUUAUAAAUUACUUGAAAGAAAGUUGUAAACACCUAAAAACGUUUGUGGCAUUAACAUGAAAUGUUUUGUAAUGUGGAAAGCAAAUAACAGCUCCCCGCCGCCAUCACACGUCAAACAGGUACAUUUUGUCUAACAGGUUAGCAAUCAACUGCCCAGCUAUCCUUCAUAUUAAAGGUCACUGAAUUCAACUGACGUCCCUUAUUACAAUUGCAUUCUUCAAAAUGAACACUGUGGCUCCUGCAGUUUCUGUUAGUUUUGACACUUUGGUUUGGCAACGAAAGAUCAGAAAUCAAAGCUGGCCCAAACAACUGUGUGUGGAUGUGAACAUAUUCUUUCCUCAGAAGCGAGGACAGUUCUAUUCUGGCAUCAAUUGAACACAAUUCAAACACAACAGCGUCACACCUAUGAUUUAUCUAUCUGUGCCAAAUCUGCAGAGUGGCACACAGCUCACACUCUCUCUUUAACUCUUGUUUUAAAUCUCCUACAAUCCCUGUGUUUCACAGAGAGCCUGGCAGCCGUUAGGGAUUUGGUGCAAGGGAAGCUCCAGAAGUUGAGGUCCGAGCGGCAAUUUACGCAGCUGCACUCCAGAAAUGAACAACGUAUGGUAGAGUUUAUGAAGCCCCUUUCCAAAAGUAGCCCAACAUCCUCUCCCAAUUCAGCCUCUGGUGUAAGAGCAUCUUUGUUUUAAAACUCCCAGUGUGCUUUUGUAUUCCCAGAGGACACUCUAGAUUUAGGACAUGGAACCUUUUCUAACCUGAGGGCUGUAUUUUCUUUUGAGGGACACAUGUCAGUGGGGCAUGGGGCCAGAGGCAAAAGUGGGUGAACAUUAGAUCCCGACUGAAAAUCAAUGAACUUUAAGUGGAACGGAAACGGCCACAAGGACUGUUUCUCAGCUACAAGCCCAGGUAAGGUUUCCAGGUGCUCAAGUUUGUCCUGAACUUUAGAGUCUAAGCCUUGUUUUCAGGAGUCCUGUCAGGUGUUAUAACUCAGGUCAGUUGGUUAGAGCAUCGUGCUGAUAAUGUCAAGGUUGCAGGUUCAAUCCCUGUAUGGGACAGCUGCAUAUUCCUGCACUGCAGAGGGUUGGACUAGAUGAUCCUCAGGGUCCCUUCCAAAUCUUUGAUUCUAUGACAGAAGCUGUAUGUGUGUUAGAGGUGUACAUCCUCACCGCGUCCACCUCUAACUUGGCUUCAUAGAGUGGUCAGAUCUGAAGGUGCUUUGUAAGUCUGGGAUAACCAACCUCAUAUAACAAACAUGAAAGGGUUAAUACCAUAGAUACUCUUCUGCCAGACUUAGCUCACCUUGGGAGGGGCUAGUUAAUCAAGACAUUGUUCCCCGAGUCUACCUGACAAGCUCAACACAUGUGUGGAGGUCUGAGCUGAGCCAGCUCGGACCGCCUGACUCUUACCAGCUUCUCUUGAGUUCCUAUACCAGUCAUUUAGGAUCUCUCACCACUGUAACUAAGCCAGGUUUUACUGCCUAUGCAACUUUUUUCUGAAUGCUGUAUGGAAAAGUACUUAUUAAAUCUGAGCACUUAUUUUAUCCCAUGGCAGCUACCACACACUGAUCUCCACAAUCACAGCAGGUGGGAGUAGGAUUGAAGACGAUAAUGGCAUUGUAGCAGCUGCUUUUUUCCUUCCUUUCUAACUGUGCCUUUUUGUGUUUUUAAUAGAUUGUUUUACAGGCCUUAUAAAUAUAAUGACUGAUAUAAUUUGGCGCUUCACUGGAGAUUUCAUGGCCCCUGAUCUCGUCUGCCGAAUUGUUCGCUAUCUGCAGGUAGGAGAAUAGAUAAAUGUCUCUCUGAGUUUCCUGACGUACUUAUUCCUCAGCUUAACAAUUUGCCUAGGGCGGGGGGCGGGGCAGAAAUCACUCUGUUUCCAAGAAGAUGGUUGCAUGAAAGUAGAAAAAAAAGUUUAUUCUACGUAUCAGUUUUGUUACACAAUAGCCAAGUCAUCUUUGUCCCAACCGGGCCUUGCUGGUGAACCAGAAGGAGCUGAAUACAGGCACACACAGUCACUGAGUCCACCUGUGCCUUCAGUUAUGGUGGAGAUGUAGACCUGCUCCUUCUAGGGGAGUGAAAUCUCAUUCAGAUCAGGCUGCCUCUCCGCCUCCCAGACACAAGAACCCCAAACCCAUAACACAUUUGUUUUUUCAGGAUUCAGCUUCAGUUUCUUGCCCCACAUCCAACCCAUCACCACCACCAACCACUGAUCUAACACCUCGACUGCUUCUCCUGAUCCGUGUGGACAGAGAGAUAGAGCUGGGUGCUGUCUGAAUAUUGACGACACUUCACUCUAAAUCUCCUAAUGACAGCUCCCAGAGGUUUCAUAUAGAUGUUAAAUAUCAUCAGGGACAAGUUGAUAGAACCCUGGAGGACAUCAUGGGGCAGGGCACCCCAUGACUACUUUCUGGAAAUGGCCAUGGAGAUAGGAAGGGAAUAAAUGAAACACAGACCUGCCAACCCUCACCCCCUUGAGACGCUUGAGAAGGAUACCAUGCUCAACAGUCACAACAGCCCCUGAGAAUUGGGCAGGGUCCCCCUCUGCCAUCUUUCUCCCAAGCCAUACAAUCAUGGCAGCUUCAGUGCCAUGCCCAGGCCUAACACCAAAAUGGAAUUGAGCCAAUGCUCUGAUGACCCAUUUCCCUCCAAUAAAUGGUCACUUCUUUCUUUCUGCUCUAGGUUGUACUUUUGUAUGCUUCAACCUAUGUCCUGGUCUCACUAAGCAUAGACCGAUAUCAUGCCAUUGUGUAUCCAAUGAAAUUCUUCCAAGGAGGUAAGAGAUUUAUCCCACUCCCAUGUUACACACACACACACACACACACACACACACACACACACUUUGUGCAACAACUUCAUUUUCAGAGCAAAUAUUUUACUGCUAUGAAUAAUGCAAUAGACUCAUUUAUUAAUUCCUGUUCUUAGACUCCCUUGCCAUUUUUCAAAUAUCUGUGGUGUUGGCCUUUGGCAUUUUACAACCAUUAUUGCAAUCAUGUCAGAUAUCUGACUUAAUGAAUAUCUUCCUUUUUUCUUACUCUGGUGAGAAAGGGCCAUUAGGCACCCAAAAGUUAAUAAAACGAUAAAAUGUUUGAAAACUAUGCCUGGUGGAAAUUCAGUGGGGAAUUCAAAAAAUUUAAAUGGUUUGCGCCCCUGAAACUUAAAUCAUGUCGUUUAAAAUGUUGUGGGACUUCCAUUUACACCAGUGAAAUGCUUCAUAGUAUUAGUUUAAAAUAAAGUAAAAAUCUGUCUGUGUAGGGAAAUGAUUUUUGCCAGUGUCAGUAAAAAACUGCAACCGGAACUUUGCAGGACAGUGGAAGGUUUGCUAUCAGGAAGACAACUAACAGAGUGGUUUUUAAAUCUGGAAAAAAUGCUCUGCAGAGAAACAUUUAGGGCAGGACUUAAUGUUAUUCUGAACAUUGACUGCUGAUGAAAACAGCAUCCCCCACAUCACAUUAUCCUAAAGAAUGUGAACAUUCUUGUGAUUGUGGCACCAUAUUAUUGACUGUGUUGUGGCAUCCAAUCAUGUUUAUGUACUUGCCAAGUUGAUUUUUACUCUGCCCUUCAGCCAAGGAGCUCAGGCUAACACACACAGCUCUUCCCUCUUUACUUUCGGUGUGGAGGAAUCACAAUGUGAUAAUGGCACAUGAAUGAGACUGUUACGCACCACCCCAAUCUUCACAGCAGCGUGAGACCCCAGGGGUUCCAGGCAUGCUUUACUCAUAAAGUUCUGUGUUUCCUUUGGGGAAAUGAGGCUGAGCAGAGACUGUGGUGUCUUUAUGAUAUAUGGUUUAUUUACGCACACACAUAUAUAUAACCCGAGCCUGCAAUUGAGGGGUUCAGAACAUUGCCACCCCAAAAAGGUCUUGAUUUUCACAUAGCCGCAGCCCAGGAUUCAUGCAGAAAUCAAACAUGCUUCAAAACAUGCCUCUCACCCUCUCUCCAUUUUGCUGAAUAUUACCAGUUCUCACAUCACUGCAAAAACUCCAUCCCAAUAUUCUCCUUUUGUCUUUCUCCAACGAGGGACCAUUUGCCCUCUGGCACAGAGCCGCUCCCUUGGUCCCAGCCAAAGACUCACCAAGCUGGCUCCUGACUUGUAUUUUAACAUGCUAAAUUCAAUGUCUGGCACCAGUGGGUGACCUUGGGGGUCUCAAAUUUCAGGGGUGCCCUGUGAGAUGCCAAUAUUUGGUGCCCCUUCCUCUCACCUUCCAUUCUGCAUCAUAGUUGCAGGCCGGUGCUACCCAGGCUCCAUGCCCUAAAUCCCCCUCUGUUGGCACUCUGGAAUUAGAAGGGGACUCCAGGCCCCACAAACCUUAUAACAAUACUAUACAUUGCAUUAAAGGAAUCAUAAUUGGGGAGUUUGUGUUCUACAGAACACUGGAAUUGCAGGCAGUGGUGGAUGGAAGUAGGUUUUUAAAUAACAUUUGUUUGUUUGUUUCAACCAUUUAUAUAACAGUUAAUCACUGUCAUCUCUAAGCAACAUGCAGAAACUUAGCUAUGAAAUUCAGAAUUCAGUUGAAAUGCCUGCUGGAAUAAAAACAAACAAACCCCAUUCACUGAGAUCAUUCAUUGAGCUAAUUGAGGGCCAUCUGCUUCCCCCACUUGCGUUCAUAAACCUUGUUGUACCCGGAAAAUAGCCAUGCCUUUGCAAUGUGCACAUUGUUAAAAGUAGGGUGAGAGAAUGAGCCACAAACCCAGCAAAAUCAUGUAGUAGUUCCUUUGUAAAAUUGCUACAGUUCAAAUGGAAGCAUUUUUUUAUUUAUCACUUAAAAAAAGAAGAAAAUCCCUAUAGCUAGAAAACAUAGAGGUUAUUCCAGGUCCGGCCCUGGCAUUUUGGCGGCUCUUGGGACCCAAGAUUGCCUGAGAAUACCAUGUGCUGAUGAUAAGGCUGGGCAGAGAUCUCUCCUGCUUCCCUGAAAUCAUGUUAAUUGGGAUUACCAGGGAUCUUUUGUACAUGGAGCCUAGUGAAGUUCUGCCACGGAGUGGUGACCAUGCUUGUUUGGGUUUUGCUGUUUCUGGAGCUCCCUGGAAUUCAAUGAAUCCCAGCUGUUGUGCUGGCCAUUCUUUGUCUGAAAUCUCAAAAACACCUUGCAGCAAGCUUUUCCCCGACUACAGUGUUUGGCAGAGCUCCCAGUUAUCCGUAUGGUAAUGUAUUUGAUAAACCAUCCCUAAUUAUUUUAAUCCUAAAACAGAACACAGAUUCAUAUUUCACAGAAUGCGACCAGCUAAGUUUCUCCCCACACUGUGGGUAAGGAACUCUAUCGCCUCUCAUUCACCCCUCUAAAUUUUCCUCAAUAUCCAGGUCUGUUCUUUGAAUAAGCUGCGCAUGUAAUUUAAUACCUUGUUCUUAUUUCUCGAGCAGAAAGGCAAGCAAAAAUCCUCAUUGUAGUUGCCUGGGGCCUUGCCUUCCUGUUUUCAAUUCCAACGCUGAUUAUAUUCGGGAAGCGGCAAUUAUCCAAUGGCGAAGUGCAGUGCUGGGCUGCCUGGCCGGAUGACUCCUACUGGAUUCCCUACAUGACCACAGUUGCCUUCCUGGUUUAUUUCAUUCCUCUGAUUAUUAUCAGGUAAGGAUCUUGUACUAAGCAUUCACACACACUUAUCUCACACGUCCAGGUGAGAUUCCACCUUCAUUUCAAUGGAGGGCACUAAUCUGCAUAGUUACGCAAAGGAAGAAGGGCACAUAUUGGUUUCCUCCAUUGAAAUAAAUGGGGGAAAUUGAGGUUCUGAAACACAUGGGGAACUCCCUUGGAUACAUAUGUUUUGGGGCAUCACCCUCCAACUUGUAAAAAGCAACUGGAACAGCAAAAGAGGGAGGAAUUAAAUGUCUGCAUAGGUCUUUAGGUUUGUGGACUUGGUUCCUUUUCAUAUUUUGCUUUAUCUGAAGCCAUUACAGGGACUCAACGAAAAUUAUCAUUAGAAUGGCAAACACAUUAGUGAAGAGUAAUUAAGGCUCUGGUAAGAGAGACUUGUCAGAAGAGUCACUUGAAACAAACAUGUCCAUGAUCCAGACCUGGGAACCACAUGCAUCACUGUUCAAGACCAUUUUUAUCUUGUUUCAUGCAGCUUUAAGAGCUAUAAAGCUGAAAAGCAGUGUAUUUAUGAAACUAAACCAAAGGAGACAACCAUACAUUCUGUUCUGAAAGCUACUUCUGCCACAUCCUACAAGCACUGUAAUUUCAAAGUGGAAAACAGCCUCCUGUGAAGGGCAAAUCAGUAUCUUUUGCAUUUGAAUAUAUCUGAAAAGGCAGAGAAUGCAAAGAAAUACAAAGUACAAUCAUCUCUUGCUUCACAAUACAUAAAACCGAUAUAUUCAAGUGGUGUCAUAUUCCCGGAAGUUUGAGCACAGGUGUUUAUAGAUCUCUGGUAUUAAAUCUUGCUCAUGGGUGUCCAGUAAGGUUAAUAGGAUUUGAUCACUUGUUUGCACAUGAAUUUAUGCUUAUGUACUUUCCUAAGGCGGGAGGUUUUGUGAAAUCGAUUUUUCAGUGUAAGAAAUGUACUGAACUGGGACCUGUUGCUGUAUACUAAAAAGGAGGCUAAAAGAACCCAGAGGUUAGCAUAAAAUUGGAAUGAUAUAUGCAUAUGGUAUUAUAUGAUAGUAAAAUUAUAAUCUCUAUAAUUGAAAGAGAAAUACGAAACACCUCACCAUAGUAGAGAAUCCUAUGACCAGGUGCAAAUUGUCACUUCCUAUCAGUAGUAUUCAACCAACCUUUACUCAAAGUAGACCCAUUAAAACGAAUGGGCAUGACUAAGAUAGAUCAAUCCAUUCACUUCAUUAAGUCUAUUUUGAAUAAAACUUACUGAAUAUCACCCUAUGUUUUAAUAUUUAAUCCAGACUUGGAUGCCUGUUUUUUAGCACUGGGAUAGGAGGAAAGCUGCCACACAUGAAGAAGGCACAAAACUAUUCCGUGCAGAUUUGUGUACAUUAUGAAGGUGUCAGUUUCAUUCACACACACACACACACGCCUACAGCACAUGGCUGUCCCUUUGAAAUUUGUUGCAAAGAUUACUCAAUAAUCUAUGUGAGUUGCCGAACACUCAAAAAGUAAUUUAUAAAUGCUUCAUCUUCCUUAUCCUUAUUAUUCAAAAACCUCUGUAAUUUUCUUAUACUGUGAAAAGAAUAACUCACAGAUGUCUUCUGAAGAGAGAUCCAGAGGCCUCAGAUGGCUUUAUUUAUCUGGAACAAUCAUACCAUCGUAGGAAUUGAAAAUGAAUAACAAGUAGCUUUCUUGGGUAGGGUUGCCAAAUUACAAGCCCACUCUCUUUCUGCCUUACUUUCUUUGCAUUCUCUUUUCCUUCAAGUAACUUGGUAUGUUGGUUUGCUGAAGAUGCUGAUCUGCCAUUCAUACCUCAAAGAAGGCCAGUGUCUUCCACUUUGGCCAUACCUAUCUGGCAGAAUGUGCAGAAGGCAAGGCAGGCCGAUGAAAUAAAGUUACAGAACUGAAUGUUUGGUUGCCUCUCUAGCGCCAUUCAUUUAUUUCCACACAUAUGCUCCUUUUCAGCUUCAUAGUUAUCAAAGCUGCAUACAACAACAACAGAAUCUUGAGUUUACUGGAUGAGCAUCAUUCUUGCAUCAAACAGGCACUUGGAUGGAUCUUGGUAUCUCUCCCUUUGUGACAUUUGGUUUAAUUAUGCGGUUCCUGGCUGGAGCCAAGAUCAUUAAAUUUGGUGACACACCAGCUUCAGAAGUGUGGGUAUUAAUAUCUUUGCCAUCAUGGAAACUUCUUUUCUUCUUAGCUAAUACUUCAUUGAAUUGUAUUAACCAUUUUGAUGAAUUUGUUGUCGUUUACUUUAUUUAUAUAUCAUUGUGUUUGUUGGAUAGUAUAGUGAUUGUAAUGUUUGCGGAUUUCAGUGCUUUUGUGAUGCUUGCGGGCUGCUUUGAGCUCAACGUUUGUUGUUGGAAAAGCGGAACAGAAAUAUUAAAGCAAAAAAUCAUUUAUGCUUAUGGUUUCCAGGCCUGGACUAUCAAUAUGAAUAUUUCAAGCAGGUCGCUCAGAAGCUGAUACUUUGCACCACAGGCAGGGGAGGAGAAGUGGACUAGAAUUCCUAAACAUUAGACUUCCUAAACAUUAGGAAGAACUUCCUGACAGUAAGAGCUGUUUGACAGUGGAAUUUGCUGCCAAGGAGUGUGGUGGAGUCUCCUUCUUUGGAGGUCUUUAAGCAGAGGCUUGACAACCAUAUGUCAGGAGUGCUCUGAUGGUGUUUCCUGCUUGGCAGGGGGUUGGACUCGAUGGCCCUUGUGGUCUCUUCCAACUCUAUGAUUCUAUGAUUCUAUGAAUAGGAACAUGUGGACUAGAAUAGGAAUAGGUGGACUAGAAUAGGAAUAGGUCACAGCUGCCUCACCUCCUGCCUUACCUGGGUAUAUAGAAGACAUUCUCAGGGCCGAGCUACCCAUGAGGCCGACUGAGGUAGCUGCCUCAGGCGGCAGAAUCUAAGGGAACCUUCAUGGGCAUCUCCCGCUUGCUGUUAGAGGAGUGAGGAGAAGCAUCUGCUGAGGUUUCCAGGUUCUGGUAUGAUCUCACAAGAGCCUUGCACAAUCUCAUGGGGCUCUUGUGAGAUCUCACCAGAACCCAGAAGUCAUGGCACCCCAGUAAGCAAGGCUUUGGUGGGGGGCUGCAAGAGCAGGUGAGAGGCACAUGGCAUGCGCACACAGGCUGUGACCUUUCUGUUUUGCCUCAGGAGGUGUAAUGUGACAGGUCACACCUGCCUGUUCUCCUGCUUGCAAUCUAGCAGCCCUGCAUAGACAAGCACCAAGGUUUUUUUACCCCUGUAGCUUGUGUGGGAUGUGGGUGGCGCUGUGGGUUAAACCACAGAGCCUAGGACUUGCUGAUCAAAGGUCGGCAGUUCGAAUCCCCGUGAUGGGGUGAGCUCCCGUUGCUCGAUCCCUGCUCCUGCCAACCUAGCAGUUCGAAAGCAUGCCAGUGCAAGUAUAUAAAUAGGUACCACUCCAGUGAGAAGGUAAACGGCAUUUCCGUGCGCUGCUUUGGUUCGCCAGAAGUGGCUUAGUCAUGCUGGCCACAUGAAGUGAGAUGAGCACCGCAACCCCAGAGUUGUCCAUGACUGGACCUAAUCGUCAGGGGUCCCUUUACCUUACCUUUGCUUGGUACAUUUAUGAACACUAUAUAUAUAUAUAUAUAGAUAUAUAUAUAUAUAGAUAUAUAUAUAUAUAUAUAAAAUGAGACCUAAAAAUUCUUAUAACACUAGUUUGCCAGUGUGCGUAUGCUUGUAGCUGACACAAUGUGAGUUUUGAUAUAAGCCAUGAAGUUCUGCAGAAGUUGAACCUUAACACCACUUCCAGUAUCAUUAAAAGUAUUAUCAUUACAAAAGAAUGGCCAGGCUCCCCAGGUAAUCCAGUUAAGUGACCAUUAACAGGUAACCUGGCAGACAGGGUAAAAACAAUGCACUCAGAUUUCUGUUGUAGACCACCUUUUCUGUGAUGUAGAUAUGAUGUAUCUGGGGGGUGAUCUUGGGCUACACACCUUCUGUGAUGUAUGUAUGAUGUUUCUGGGGGUGGUCUUGGACUCCAGGGUGGCCAAUUUAAAAUAAGGGCUUGAACGCAUGGCUCAGGGUCCUUCUCCUCUCUCCUGCCUGUGGGGGAGCACCCUGUUGCAACAGUUAAUAAAGAUCAGGCUUACUAGCUGCUUUGCUUCUCAAUAUUCUCUGGUUAGCCUCUGUUAUUUUCUCCUACCGAUAGAGAACCUACAAUAGGACUCUAUAUGGGCUCUUGGAUACCACAUAAGGGAAAAGGAGCAGUGUUUUUUUUUUACUUAUAUCACUAGGAUGAUGAGACACUUAGAAUUAUCCCAUCCUAAAGAAUUGCUAACUUGUUUGUUUUCUGUUCUUUCCCCAACUGUAGCGUUAUUUACUUCAUUGUGAUCCGAACAAUAUGGGUUAAGAGCAAAGCUCAUGCUGUCAUUGUUUCCAACUGCUCAGGUAAGUAAAUUGGGGCAAUCACGCCCAAGCAUUGAAACUAAUGACAUUGAAAGACAGUGGGUAUGCAAUUGCCACAGAUCAUUAAAAAGCCCACUGUAGAUCAAAUCUCCAUGAGCUGCCAUAGGCUAAAUUGCCAAAAGCAUUUAAACAUGUGCUCACCAGGUUGGCUGGGCCCCAGUCAUUUUACCUGGAAGUAAUAAGAGAAAAUGACUGAGUGAAGUCUUAUGCUAAUAACCUGAGCAUAAGCCAUGAAAAAUACACAUUAAUUCCUAACUAAGGACCUAAAAUCCAUCAACAGCGGUUGAAAUAGAUUCAUGUAAGCAAGGGAAAAAUCAAGACUCUUUCUUUUGAAGCACUAAUUAAUCAAAUAAGCAUUGUAAAUAUUCAAAUGAAAAGGAAAGAAAAAAAACUGAGCCAAGCGUACUUUUACCUUAAUUACUGCUUUAGUGACAGGAAAAGAAACAUUGUGUUAAUACAUUCUAAUGAAUUCACAAUUAGCUUUUCUAGAGUUUUAUUUUUCUUUGGUUUCCACAAGUUAUCUCAUACAAAGCUGUGCUCUGUUCAAAGUUUAAACUAAGAAUUUCCAGAAAUCCUUCUAAAUUCUCUGAAGAAACCAGAGGCCUUUCUCCUGGGCAUGGUUGGCCAAUUGGUGUUAAAGAAGGAUAGAACUUUCUUUAUGUAUGCCACAACAGCAGCAAGAAUACUUAUCGCAAAACACUGGAAGACACAAGAUUUACCCACUCUGGAAGAAUGGCAGACGAAGGCGAUGGACUAUAUGGAACUGGCGCAAAUGACUGGCAGAAUCCGAGACCAGGGAGAAGAGUCGGUGGAAGAAGAUUGGAAGAAAUUUAAAAACUAUUUACAGAAACACUGCAAAAUUAAUGAAUGUUAGAAUGAUGUUGGAUUGAAGUUAAGUGGCUUUUAGUAGCAAUGUUAGAAAGGAAUAUGUAAAAAUGGAUUGUUAAUAGGUGAAAGAUAAGAUAUGAAAAGACUGAUUUGUUUUUAACUGUUUUUACUUUGUGUUUUCAUUUUUGUUUCUUUUUUCCUUUUUUAUUACUUUUUUCUCUUAUUUUUGUAAUAUCUCGAAACUUUAAUAAAUAUUAUUUAAAAAAAACCAGAAAUCCUUCUAAAUUCAUCACGGAUGGAAAUAUUGACCAAGAUUAAGCUGAUCAGUAAUAGCAGAAUAUCCCCAAAUAUCUGACUGUCUUUGGUUUCUUCCAUUUUUGCCAGUUGAUUGAGAAGAUUCUGGAGGAAUUUCCGUUUUGAGUGUGAAAUUUUAAAUUCAAAAGUUUCAGUUUUGGCAGGCUUCGCAGAUGAAAUCUUUGAGCUACCAAGUAACGUAGAAUUGCAUCAAAAACAACAAGAAGUUCUGUGGCAUCUUAAAGGACACCACAGCUACCCCUCUCGAAAUUGCCACAAUUUCUUAGGCUCAUAGAAUUGUAGGGAUGGAAAAGACCUUUGGAUCAUAUUAUCCAAUGUUAUCAGAUCCUAAAGGCCAAUGUUGACCCAGCUAUGGGGAAUAGACAACCACAGAUCAUGAAGAAUGUUUCAUCUAAGUUGGGAAACAAAACUGGAAGUAGACCUACAGCGAGGCUCUUAGCAAAGAUUCAGCUUAUGAAAGCCAUAUGGAGAACUUCUAAUACCCAAUUAUUCUUCAGCAGAAAAUUAUGCCCAUAACAUCAUUUUUCAGAGGGGAGGCAUUAACAGGCCUCUUCCGUCAUUACUGGAGCCCUCCGCAAGCUGCUACCUUGUCUCUCUUCCUCAAGGUGAGCUUUUUUAGCCCUUGUGGGAGUAGAAUGGGCUACCAGCCAAAGGAAGUGUUAAGCUGAACACUCAGAGAGCUUCAUUAAAACUUUCCAAGUGUUCAGGUUUAAUAUGCUUUUCAGGGUGGGCACAAGACCGCUUGCCUAUCUCUAGCAUAUGGUCAUUGGCUAUAAACAAUUCAAAAAAUCUAUAUCUCUAACAUCUCUCUCCCCCUGCAAAAAAUAAAAUAAAAAAUAAGGCAGGAACAGUAAAUUGGGAGUUGGAAGGCUGGGAACUGGCAUCAAAAUUGUGAGAGUGGUGGUGGCAGCAAACAGUUUAAAAGCUCCCCAAUUUACAGCUCUGCUUUGAAAAUCAAACCUCAGAAAUUUGGCACGGCACACUAUUAUGUUAGAUGUUCUGCAGCAGGAUGGACCGAGGAGAUUAUUUUACCUCACAGCUGGUAGCUAAGGGAGAUGUCUUCACAACUUGUUGAAAGCCACAUCAGAUAGCUGUUUACACUUUUUAAAAAGCAUAUAGCCACAUCUAUGAUAAAAAAAUAUCUCAAAAGAUUGUGUUGUGUUGUGUGUGUUGUGUUGUUUUUAAGAUGCUUCAGCAUAACUGAGGUCCUUGUGAUAGGCUAGGUGACUGUGCGUUGUGUAAGAAUUCAGAUAAAGAAUCAAUAAAUAAUGGGACAAAUUGAUAGGUUAGAUGAUAUUAUAGAUGGUAUAUGUAUUGUGAAAUUGCUCAAGAUUGGUCAGCCUAAAAAUUUUAGGUGACAUAUUUCAGUCUUGGCUAUUCAUUUCUUACAUUUAUUUUUCCCUUCUCUUCUCUUUGCAGAUGGCAAAUUCUGCGCUAGCUACACCCAUCGGGGACUCAUAUCAAAGGCUAAAAUCAAAGCUAUCAAGUACAGUGUGGUAAUAAUUCUUGGUAAGUGACGACAUAUGCCAAUUAAUUAGACAUCAGUGACCAGUGAAAGACUUCAUUUUUUAAAAAAUGGCUCCGUGGAAGGUUCCAGAGAGUUGGAGUGGAUAUCUGCCCCCAUGGUUUUGUCUCAGAUCCAUUCCAUCCAUUUCACUUCUUUCGCUUCUGCUGCCACAGCAAGAGCAGCUUCUUCUGACUGCCUCAGCCUUUGAUAAGUCACAUUUUUACUCAAGCAAGAAUGUAUACUGUUUUCUUUUCUUAUUUUUAAAGACAGUAAACCAGGUUUUCCGUCGCUGAGAAGCCCCAGUCUCUGCACCAAAAUAAAACUUUACAGACAAGCCUAACCAUAAGACAAAGUAGCAUUAGCUUGCUUAGUAACUGAGGUUUCUUCAAGAUUCAAUUAUGAGAUGCUAUUAAAAAGCUAUUGUGUGCUGACCUUUUCCCAAGUAUUAUAUCUGCUAUGACGAGCGGAGUGGAUAAUGGACUGGUUUCGCUGUAACGUUCCUGGUUUAAUAAAACCACCAAGCCUGCAUGCAACACACACACACACACACACACACACACACACACACACACACACACUUGGGCCAGCUCUUUACUUGCAAAAUAAGAAAACUGUGAUUUAAUGCCAGUUUACCAACCAGGAGCUGAAACCACAGUUUGAUUCUGAUUUGAGAUCUUGUUUGUAAAGUUACAUUUCCCUGUCUUAGACUGAACAAGAAACUGUAGUUUAAUUCAAUGCGGAUUGCAGUGCCAAUAGGAACGAGAGCAAGGGAGGGAUGUGCAGUCAGACUGUGCGUACAGGACGCUGGGCCAUUGGCCUGUUCCAGCAGACCCUUCUUACAUGCCUAGUUUGUUUACACAAGCAGCAGAUAAAGUGAGAAAACUAUUCCUGGGCUGUAAUUGUUCAAACUGCAGGAAAGGGAUUGCAUGAGUGAAUGCUGAUGCUUUUUUAUUAUUUAAUGUAUUGUGGCUUUCUCAAAAAUACUCAAUUCCCCACCUGUAUAGUCAUACCUCAGGUUGAAUGUGCUUCAGGUUGAGCGCUUUUGGGUUGUGCUCUGUGGCAACCUGGAAGUAAUGGAGGGCAUUAUUUCCGGGAUUCGCCACUCGCGUAUGCGCAGGCGCUCAAAAUGACGUCACAUGCAUGCGCAGAAGCGGCAAAAUGUGGCCUGCAGACAUACCGCCGCGUCUUACGUUCCAUUCAGGAUGCGAACGGAGCUCCGGAACGGAUCCUUUUUGCAUCCCGAGGUACCACUGUAGUAUGAAACAACAACAACAAUAAUAAUUCAUUUAUACCCUGCCCAUCUGGCUGGGUUUCCCCAACCACUCUGGGUGACUUCCACCAAAUAUUAAAAACAAUACAGCAUCAGACAUUAAAAACUUCCCUAAACAGGGCCGCCUUCAGUUGUCUUUUAAAAGUAAAAUAGUUGUUUAUUGCCUUGACAUUUGCUUGGAGGGCAUUCCACAGGGCAGGCGCCACUACCGAGAAGGCCCUCUGUCUGGUUCCCUGUAGCUUUGCUUCUUGCAGUGAGGGAACCGCCAGAAGGCCCUCGGCACUGGACCUCAGUGUCCAGGCAGAACGAUGGGGGUGGAGAUGCUCCUUCAGGUAUACUGGGCCGAGGCCGUUUAGGGCUUUAAAGGUCAGCACCAACACUUUGAAUUGUGCUCGGAAACGUACUGGGAGCCAAUGAAAAUCUUUCAGGACCGGUGUUAUAUGGUCUUGGUGGCCACUCCCAGUCACCAGUCUAGCUGCCACAUUAUGGAUUAAUUGCAGUUUCCAAGUCACCUUCAUAGGUAGUCCCACGUAGAGUACAUUGCAGUAGUCCAAGUGGGAGAUAACUAGAGCAUGCACCACUCUGGCAAGACAGUUUGCGGGCAGAUAGGGUCUCAGCCUGCAUACCAGAUGGAGCUGGUAGACAGCUGCCCUGGACACAGAAUUAACCUGCGCCUCCAUGGACAGCUGUGAGUCCAAAAUGACUCCCAGGCUGCACACCUGGUCCUUCAGGGGCACAGUUACCCCAUUCAGGAUCAGGGACCUCCACACCAGCCCGGCCCCUGUCCCCCAAGAACAGUACUUCUAUUUGUCAGGAUUCAACCUCAAUCUGUUAGCUGCCAUUCAUCCUCCAACUGCCUCCAGACACUCACACAGGACCUUCACCGCCUUCACUGGUUCUGAUUUGAAAGAGAGGUAGAGCUGAGUAUCAUCCACAUAUUGAUGGACACCCAGCCCAUACCCCCUGAUGAUCUCUCUUUGACUACUACAGUGGUACCUCGGGUUACAUACGCUUCAGGUUACAUACGCUUCAAGUUACAGACUCCGCUAACCCAGAAAUAGUGCUUCAGGUUAAGAACUUUGCUUCAGGAUGAGAACAGAAAUCGUGUUCUGGCGGCACGGCGGCAGCAGGAGGCCCCAUUAGCUAAAGUGGUGCUUCAGGUUAAGAACAGUUUCAGGUUAAGUACAGACCUCCGGAACGAAUUAAGUACUUAACCUGAGGUACCACUGUAUAUCUACUGGUUUCAUAUCUUCUGUGCAGGGGUCCUUCUCCACUUAAAUUGUGACAAGACAGAAAUGUGAAAGUUGCAAAGAUGCAAUCAUUGCUGCUGACCCUUUUCUGAGAUAGGUUGAAGUAGCAUUUUGGAUUCUGUUUUGUUUAGCCUGGUGUGCUGCAGUAAAGAUUGACUCACCCAGCGAAUAUGGCUGAGAUCGCUUCUGCGGCAAUUAAAGCCUCCCUCCAUGGCAACGCAGUCACAGAUUGCCUUUAUCAUCAACACAGUCAAGUCCUGUUCUACCUACUCUGUUCUGCCUCCCUCCCACCCCCAUGAAAUAUUAAAUGAGUGCUUAUUUCUCUGUAGAGUAGGGUCAUUUCCCCCUGUGGUUUUCCAAGUCCCUGAAAUCUCUAUAAGCUUUAGAACCACCUAUAUGGAAACAAAAUAGAUUUUUUGAUUUUUUGCCAAGUGUUUUUUGCCAUUCUUGGUAUGUUCCUGUGCUUCAUACCUGUUAUUGAAUUAUUUCAAACUUUCCUGUGUCCCCUUUCAGUGGGUUACACAAAUUCACAAAAGCAACCAAAGCAAGUUAUCUCAAAAUCAGUUUUUAACAACAACAGCAGUAAAGAAAAAACUGAUUUUAACAGUUGCUUUAAAUAAGCAGCCCCACACAAUUUCAAAGAAGCAAUAGCUCAUGAUAAGCACCAGGAUAGAGACCUAGAAAGUUGGGUGGGAUCCUUUAUGCCGCCAGAUAUUGCUAGACCACGACUUCCAUCACCCCUGUUUAUUAUCUAUUAUUUUUCUUUAUUACAUUUGUUAGUUGCUUUAUCUUGCCCAGGGCAACCCAGAACUACUUAGAGUUGGAGUGUGGCAACUUUUAAAGGGUCAUUGAUUUGCCACUCCUGUCUUGUCCUAGGUCAGGCUGCUGGUCCAUCUAAAUCAGCCUUUCUCAACCUUGGGUCCCCAGAUAUUGCUGAACUGCAGCUCCCAUCAACCUUGACCACUGGUCUUGCUCGCUAGGCAUGAUGGGAGUUGUAGUCUAGCAACAUUUGGGCACCCACGGUUAAGAUCUAGCUCAGUAUUUGCCCUAACUUGCCAAGACACCCUGGGAGCAGAUCAGCACAUGGCUUCCCAGGGUUUCCCAAACUUGGGUCCCCAUUUGAUAUUGGAUCACAACUCCCAUCAUCCCUAGGUAGCAGGACCAGUGGUCAGGGAUGAUGGGAGUUGUAGUCCAACAACAGCCAGAGACCUAAGUUUGGGAAACCUGCCCUAAAGAAUCCUGAGGACUGUAGUUUGUAAAGUGUGCUUGGAAGUGGAGUUCUGUGGGGGCGAAAAUAACAACAACAAAACAACAACAAUUUAUUAUUUAUGCCCUGCCCAUCUGGUUGGGUUUCCCCAGCCACUCUGGGUGGCUCCCAACAGAAUAUUAAAAACACGAUAAAACAUCAAAUAUUAAAAACUUCCCCAAACAGGAUGUCCUUCAGAUGUUUUCUAAAAGUCAGAUAGUUGUUUAUUUCUUUGACAUCUGGUGGGAGGGCGCUCCACAGGGCAGGUUCCACCACCGAGAAGGCCCUCUGCCUGGUUCCCUGUAACCUCACUUCUCGCAGUAAGAGAACCGCCAGAAGGCCCUUGGAGGUGGACCUCAGUAUCUGGGCAGAACGAUGGGGGUGGAGACGCUCCUUCAGGUAUACUGGGCUGAGGCCGUUUAGAUUACAAUUCCCAGUAUACUUUGGAGGAUGCUAUGUGCUUUAAAUGUGCAUUGAAUGUGCUUUAACUUUACGGUGUGAAUCUGCCACUGAGUUCUUGAGGAGUCUUUCCCAGCCCUGCCUUGAGAUGCAAAGUAUUGAACCUCAGAGGUUUUUUUAUGCAAACUAUACACUGCAAACAUUAGGCUCUUUGAUUUCCAUUAUAAGCUUUUCUUUUUUUUAAUCUGCCUGUCUGCAAGCAUACAGAAGGAGUGACCUCCAUCAGCCAAGCGAUUAGGCUUCCUUUUUUCUUAUUCAAACUUAAGUAUGCAUUUUCUGGAGAUGCUAUCAAAUGCAAAACUGAAGAAUCCCCGGCUUAGGUGCUGGAAUUUAUAUUGAUUCAAUUAGGCUGGCUGUUAAUGCAAGGGGACGCAGGAGAAAGCGCUCCUUGGCAUUUGAUAAUGAUUUAAUUGGCUACACAUCUGUGUUUAAUGUGAUUAUAUUGCUGUCGCUCAGUGUUUUGUUUGUCUGGAUUAGUCCAGAGGGACAGGCAAACUGAUAUAACAGGAGGAGGGUGUGCCACGCAUUUUCUUCUUUGCAGAUGGGAUGUGCAAAUAAGUCUGUGCCAGUAUUCUUGAUCCUUUGCCGAUGAACCUCAGGGAACUUGCAACAAAAGGAUUAUGCAAAGAGAAACACUUAGUUCUCUUCUUUGAAAGCCAGAGGCAGAUGUAGGAAUACCUUUGAGGUUCGCAGCUUAGAAAGCAAAGUCCUUUCAGUAUUUAAUGAUGGCCAGCCAUUAAAAUAAGUUGUUACAUUUUUAUUUUUUUAAAAGCUUUGUACAUUUGCAGCUGAAUCCCAUUGACCCAGGACAGAUGGGGAUCCUGCACUUUAAUAGAUGGGAUUUCAGCAGGUGUUGCAGGAACUCAACAGGUUGGUUCUACAUAGGCAUGCAAAAGUUUACCAGAUUUCAAAGCAAUUCCCCUUUUUUAGUGAGAAAAACAGAACACUUGUGAGAGUAGACAAGCCAGUUUUGCCCAGAUCUCCUAGUGCUACUUUCCCCAUUAAAACGGAACACUUUUCAAACCAUUUCCUUGAUUUCUUGCAGCUUUUGUACUCUGCUGGAGUCCUUACUUUCUCUUUGACAUUCUGGACAACUUCAGCGUCCUCCCGGAAACCAAAGAACGCUUCUAUGCCGCAGUGAUUAUUCAGAAUUUGCCAUCUUUAAACAGUGCCAUCAAUCCCAUCAUAUACUGUGUUUUCAGCAACACCCUUUGCGAUGCUUUCAGGUAUUAGACUUCUUGGGUCCCCCACCCCUUAAUGGGAUUUAUAUGGGCAAAAAAUGCUACCAAAUAAUUGCCUGGUUACACUUUGCGCUCACCAGGUGAGUAAUAGGACUAUAACAGAAGACUUUAGAAGAUACAGCUACCCCUGUAUCCUGAAGUCCUUCUUAUUCUGCAUUUAUGAUUUGUGCUCAUAAUGGUAUUAGGGAAGUUAAAUGUGAUCUUGCUUUCAAUACUGUUGAAUCCUGCAACUUUCCAUACCACAAAUGUCCUGCUUUCUCUGUGCAAUAGUGCAAGAGUGCACCUCCAGACACACUGAUGUAUUAAAAUUGGGAAAACAUUACAGAGAACACCUAAUAAAGUGGAAUGAUGGAUGGAUGGUCCAGUUUACAGUGUUGUGAGAUACCCCCAUAACAGAAGUUGCCCUCAGUUCCCGUCACACACAGAGGCAGGUUAAGGUCCAAAAUAGUUUACUGCUGCAGAAGAUAAGGCUUCAGUAAUACAUUUCCAGACAUUGAUAUAUACAUACAGCUUGCAGGCUUCGCAGAUACAUAUAUACACAAGUACAAAGUAUUUCUGAGGCUUCAACAAUUCAAGAUGUAACACCGACUCUGACUCACUUCUCAACACACAGCACAAGACCCCGGCAUCCUGAGCUGACUUACCUCAAUCACUUAUAUAGGCGGCACUGGGCUGUUGCCAUAGCAACUGGUUUGACAGGCCUUGCACCUGUUAUCUUGUCUCAUACAUGGGGUGAUCUGUGCUCGUGAAGAAAAUUAACCCCUUCCUCCAAGUCCAAUUCCUCCAACACCCCUUCUGUAAUUUUGCUCAUGGCAUUGCUUUAACACAGGUAUUUGAUAUUGGCAUGCUUAGACCUCUGUUGGACUUUCUUUAAAACUACUUGGCUCAUAUGCCGUACACAUGGCCCAUGCUGUAACCAUUCAGGAGGCAUCCCUUUUAUACUGCAUUUGGACCUCCUGGGAAUGAAUUCUUAUUCAUGUUUGAAUUCAUCCUCUCCUAAACCUGACUCUCUUUUUACAUUAGAUUCAUUAGAUUUGUUGCAAUCAUUGCAUCAGUGACAUACUGCAGAAUUCAAGGGGGCAAGAGCAGCUGCUAAGUUGGGUGGAGUGGUUUAAACCUCUCCACACUCACACAGUGCUAUGUUUAUUCUCUCUUUUGGCCACCACUAUCACUGGGGGGCCAAAAUAUUAGCAAGCGGGAGAGGAUCAGGCCCUUGGACCAGGGUUAGCCACCCCCAGUCUAGACAUAUAAAUUAGCAGAUUAAAAAGGAGCGCGUAUGCACCACCCUUAUACUGUGAAUUCAUUUCAAUUUUUCAAUUAUUGUUGUUAUUACUUUGUUCUCUAGGCGAAGAAAAUCAGGAAAUUUGGGGACUUUCAGAGAAAGAACAGAAGGGCAAGAGAUGCAGGCGGUAUCCAAGCCGGAAUAUAUUUAGAGUUGAUAUGUGACUAUAAAGGCCACGUUGAGUCUGAGGGGUGAAAUAGAAGCCUCACCCUUGUUCGGAAAUCUAUUAUUUAAGGAGGGAGGAAUGAGGAGCAAAAAUCAUUCCUGGUGGCCAAGCAGAACUGCCAUGGUUUGUUCCACAUUUGCAGUCAGUCCUUGCUUUUCAAAGGUGUAUCCACUGAGCAGUAUGUUUCAGUGUAAAUGGCUUUUCUCCACAUGGGAAUAUUUUAUCUUGAAAAAGGCGGUGCCAAAUUUCUUCAUGGUGCCACACAGCUCGUUUUUACACAAUACUGUCACCUAAAUCAUCAAGACCCUUUGAUGGCUGAAGAGCAGGAAUAGCCUUUUCUCUCCUUUCCGAGAAAAGAGCAUUCCCAGCGCACGUCAAGAUACUUUAUCCCUGCUGCCCUAUUUGGAUUGCUGUGGCUCAGUGGGAGCACAUUUAUUUUACAGGCAAAAGGACUCAGAUUCAACCCCCAACAUCUCUUGGUUGUGUUGAGAUUGUUCCCUCUCUGAAACCUUGGAGACCCACUGCCAGUCAGUGUUGACAAUAUGGAACUAGAUAGACCAAGGGACUGACACCAUAUAAAGCAUGCUUCCUGUGUUCCUAUAUAUGCUUCACCAGAAAACCCUGCCCAUUGUAUAAUGCGCUGAGAGAACAACAUCUGAAACAAUUGGAGAGGUUUACCUACUGAGUGGACAAGAUAAAUAUGCCACUGUGAAGAUUGCAAGUUUUCCAUCUGUUGUAACAUUUCUUUCUUUCUUUCUUUCUUUCUUUCUUUCUUUCUUUCUUUCUUUUUAUUAAUAAUAAUAAUUGAAUUUAUAUACCACCCUAUACCCUAUACCCAGAGGUAACCUGUGAAAGGAGAGAAUGAUGUGUCUCUUGUCUGGGAGAUUCAGAUUUUUAAGUUUGCUUCCUGCUCCUCUUCAUUUAGGUUUUGCAUAAUUCUAUUCAGAUUUGUGUAAAUUCCUUUCAUCUUAAUCUUUUAUUUUACUAUUUGUUAAAUGAAGGGCCUGUUCUCUGCCCUGGAAACUC